AUGUCGGAGCAACCUGGCCAGACCAAAGUGGCGGGUUCAGGCUGCCACCCAAUAUAUACCACACCUCCAUUGACCCCAAGUCCAAUGAACGACGGCCAAGAGGGCCUCAAUACUUCAGGGACUCCUUCGGUUCUUUCCUUAUCCGCCGGCGUUUCUCAGGGCGACGGCUUCUCAUCCACAGCACCCGCCUUUCCCACGAGCGGAAUCCCACAAAGUGGCAUAAGCUAUGAUGGACACCACUGGGAUAACUGGCCAUCCGCCCUUAGCGACACCUUCAAUGGAUUGGAUAACGCUCCCGGCACCUUCGAUGGGCUGGAUAACGCUCCCGUCGCGCUCUACCAGAACCACGGACCGCUAAAUUGGGCAACGUCUGAACUCUCCCAUGUCUUCAACACAAAGAUAGAGUUAGACCAGGAACAGAGCUCUUCUCACCCAGCUGCGCCGCCUUUUUGGCUUCCACCGCAUGCCUCUCAAAGCAGCGUCGUUUACCCAACAGCACAGCAUUCCCCCGAUAACCCGCCGAGCUUCUUUUCUGAUUAUUCCAAUACCGCCGACCCUGUAAAACGCCAAAAUACGUUUGACGCUUCUUACCUUCACGCCCAAAAUGAGCCGGCGUACUCUUUGACUGGACCCGUCGAUCAACCUCAAUUGAAUCUGAAUUCAGUCCCCCCGCCGGCACCUUACUGUCUUCAACAUCAACACGGAUUGGUACCCAACGCACAGCAGUCCAACCACGGGCUCACAAUCGAUCAUGACUACGACAACAUAGGAGCCCCAAUACCGGAGACGCACCCAUCACCAGCAGCAGUAAUAACAACACCCGCCGCCCACUCCACAAGCUUGACUCGCAGACAGGAUUUUACACUCGUUGUGCCCCCGAAACGCCGGCGAGGCCGCCCACCUAAACACGACGUGAACUUUCCCCCAGGCCAGCUCUUAACCCUAAGCUCCACCAGUGCUCCCAGCAGCAUCCUCUCCCCGGCCACAAUCCCCACAACCGCUGGAAGCCUAGCAUUCUCAUCUUCCUACCCCGGCAAACAAACACCAACUGGCGUCUCCCACCCCACCGAAACUGGCGACGAUGGUACAAAACAACAACAAGAACAACAACCCAAAAAACGACCACGAGGCUCCGUCUCUGGAGCCAAUGACAACAACAACAGCACCGCUGAAGGGACCAACCUCCGCUUCCGCAACCGACAAGCCGCGAUCCGGUACAGAGUCAAGACCCAGGCCGCCGCCGCCCAGCUAGAGGCAGAAGAGCAAGAGAUUAGCAGUCGGAGAAAGAGCUUAUUGACCAGCGUGGGACAAUUGAAGGACGAGGUGUAUAACUUGAAGAAUGAGGUGUUGAAGCACGCGGAUUGUGACUGUCCGUUGAUCCAGGCUUAUUUGGCUCAUGCGGCGCGGCAGGUUUAUUCUGGGUUGAUGGGGGGCCACCACCGACGACGGGAAGGAUAA